AUGCAAUUCUUCAAGCAAUUGACAGACCCAGCACUAAAGCGGCUGUAUAAGUUUGUGCUGAAGCGUAUGAUUGGUCGCUUUCUCGCUGCAGAUGAGCUGGAUCUUGAUCAGUUGGACGUACAUUUGCGCUCAGGGCGUUUGGAACUUUGUGAUCUCUUGCUUAAUGCUGAUGUGCUUAAUACUGAGCUCUGUGAAGCGCAAGGACUGCCGUUUAAGGUAAAAAAAGGAUACUUGGGCUCGGUUCGAGUAUCCAUUUCGUACGCUAGCAUCAUGAGUGAGAGUUGUUUGGUCGAGAUUGAUGACAUUGAGAUUAUCCUCGUGCCUCUUGACAAGCACGAGACGCAGGAGAUUAGACGAAAUGACUUAGCUCUUAACGCUGCAUUACAGCAGAAUCAGGAGGACAGUGGACGACAGGAAAGGAAACCGAUGAUGACUGAGGUAGUAGACGAAGUUUCACAGGAAGGACUUGAUUUUGUAGCCAGUUGGAUUGAACAGGUGACGUCCAAGAUUAAAGUGACCCUGUCAAACAUUUGUUUGCGGUUGGAGACGGGAGAAAUGCAUAAUGGACGAGACGUUGCGUUGUUGUGCAAAUUACAGUGGGCGCAGUUUAUGGACGAGUCGACAUCAGAAGUGCAGAACAGCUACGGACGAAGUAGUUUGGACCACGAUUUGCAAGCGACGGAUGGUAGGAUGCAGUCAAUGGCAGCAAGUACGCUGUUUGGUAUAUCCCGAAAGGGCAUUAAAUUUCGUGGAGUCAGUAUGGACCUGCAUUUGAGUAGUGAAGAAGAGAACGGCGAAGACCGAUGGAAUGAACGUCGCCGUACAAAUGACAGCGACAUGAUUCUGCAUCCGUUCGUUGCAAGCGAUCCAAGCAAACAGUGUUAUAUUCAGGUGAAGCUGUCGCAUUACGAGGCAUUAGAGGUACCAGCAAUGGAUGCCGAUGUGUUUGUUCGAUCUGUUCGGGUUGUGUUACAGCCUCAGUAUUUUUUGGAACUGGAAAAGAUUGUAGAUGCAUUUUCGACGGAUCCGGUUAAGCUAAAUGCAUACCAUUUUGAAGAUCGAUAUAUCUCGACAAUGUUCCAGUCUAUUUGUGACGAUCGACCAGGAUGGAUGACUGGAAGUGAUGAUGGCGAGAACGAUGGGGGCGGAGGAGCACUCAACUUAUCAUUGAAGGAAUUCCAGCGCAUUGAGCAGCUGCUCCUACAAUAUCGACAAACGCAGGAUGAAUUAAAAAAUGCACGUCGCCGUAGAAGCUCGACUGAAGAGAAAACGACACCUGCAGAAGGGAAGGUAUCUAUUGAUGUAGGGAAAUUAUCUUUGGCGGAAAGUGUCGAGAGCCACGGAUUGUCAGAUAUCGAAGAUGAUGACGAUGAUGGUUUUUUCGAAUGUGAAUCCGGGCUUGCUAGUUCCAUUGCACCAGGUGCAUCGUUUGAAAGCUUGAGUGCAAUGGGCCAGUCCAUGUAUGCGUCGGCUCGGUAUGGUUUUGACGAAAGUGAAAUAAAUGACGAUCGAAGUCAGCUGUCAUCGUCAACGAUAGCAGCCCAGAGCCGAGCGGCGCGCCGACUGCAGUCGAGAAUCAAAUUUCACUUGCUUGAAUGCGAAUGCAUCGUCCUGUAUGAUGACUUGCCUGACGAUGACGAUGACGAAAAUAAAGAAAGGGAGGAUACACUGGUUAAGCAUAACGAUGGAGGUUCAAUGACGGACAGUUAUGUUUCCCGUAUUCCUGUUAAACCGACAAAGACCUUGCCUUGUGUAGAUGGACUCGAGCGGUUGGAAUUUUCGUUCAAGGAUGUAAUUUUUUCAAGCUUGGCGUAUUCACAGUACUUACUACUUGCAUUUACAAUCGGGAAGUUCACGAUUACGGAAAAGACGCUUCCUCGAAUGUCGCUAGAUGCCGAAGAGAAUGAAGCAGCAAUGCUGUCUGCAUGUGUUUUGAAGUGUGUUGAUGUCUCUCCAGUUUCCGGGCAAAGAGCAAAUUUGACGGCAAAUUUGUCUGCUCAAGUGCGAAUUGAUUUCGAUGUGGUUGGCGAAACUUCAGCUGGAAUUGCGUCACUUGGAGUGCGAGUAAAUGUUCAGCCUAUUCUUGUAGAAUGGGAUAUGUAUCUGUUAGAUAGAGCGCAUCGCUUGUUAGCCUUACUGGAAGAAGAUACGUCAAAGCGAAAAGUAGCUUCAGUGGUAGAUUUGGAAAAAGGCGCUCAGGAGUUUGCAAAGACUAUCGACCUGGCAACGGAAUGCAUGCAAGUGACACUUCGGUUUCCUAUGGUCAACAGCGACCUUAUUCGUUUUGGCCCGUCCUCAAAGCGGGGAUUGUGCGAAGACAGGCUACUAAUGACCUUAGAAGGCGUCAAGGUUGCGUCAUACUCUCCACGCGCUGGGGAUGAUAGCGAUGAAGCCGCUAAAGCAGGUGCACUGAUACCACCUCAAAACAGGAAAGGGUGUUCACUUCCAUGGUUGUCCGAGUUUAAUGUUUCUUUUGACAAUGCAAAGGUGUCGUUGUUGACUCCUGAAAAUGGUAACCAGCGCAGUUCCUGCCUGGAAAAAUCCGUUCUUAUUACUGCCUGUAGUGACAAACGCUCUGGCGACGUUUGUACGCUCCGUUUGCGUCGUCAAGUGCCAUCGCGUGAAGAGUUGGAAGACGCAAUUACUAGCAAACAGAACCUGUCUCAAGAUUCAAGUCAAAGUCCUGAUGGUGCAUCGAGCAGCUCACCUGACGAUGUUAAUGGCGAUGACAACGAUGGUGGGAGAGUGGGGUUGAACGGUUGGAACCUGGAUGCUUUGGGGCGUACAGAGUCCUACGAAAGGGCAGCAGCAGCUGCUUCGCUUAUCUCAGUGGAAAUUGGUUUGCCCCGUGCAAACGCAAUUGUUUACAAGUCUUCGCUUGAUCGAUUGUUGGUGCUGUUUGACGCGCUAUUAAUGAUUAAUCCUAUCGAUGUCGACAGCUACAACCAGAUACUCGCUGCGGCUGCGCUUCGAAACCGGUUGAUACCUAGCUACAUGAGCAUGAACUUCACACUACGCGAAGGAAAUGUUCGCAUAUGUGAUUACGUUUCCUUGCCUUCAUCGAUGUCUGCUCAUGAUCCAACCCCGUCUGGAAUCAUUGAGACAGAGCAAAAAACACUAGAUGAGCUUGAGUCGAAGAGAGUUCUGUUUACGUAUCAUUUUGCGUUUCAGACUCUAAAGGUGUUUCAGGUAUCACAAUGGAUGGGUCAAUUGGUCUCUCGUGUCCACGUGCUAGCCCAAAACACUACUUUGCUGGAAGAAGAUGGUCGCACAAACAAUGUUGUGCCAAUAAUGUACCGGACACCUUUUGGAGUGUCGAAAGCACCCAUUUUGUUCAUGGGUGUGGACACUGCUGAUCAAACCAACGCGAUGCGCGAUAUGAAAGUGGAAUUGCACCUCUCGCAUCUCAGUUUACGCUACGAUGUCCAUUCGAAAUGGCUAUUACAAAUGCUGAAUUUAGUGCUGAUGGAAUACCCGAUCCCAGUAAUUCCGCUAGACUCGGCGAGCACGUCAGAUGAGGAAAGUACAAAGCUUUUUGAAACUAUUGAGGGUGGAGGCAGCUACAAUGCUGUCCCUCUGGCAACGGCUCCCAAAACUGUCUUUACGAAGCUUUUCAUUAAUUUCUACGACGUCAUUGUCGAUUACGCGCCACAGACCGUGACAUCGCGCGUGAUCCUCGUCUUAGGUAAGGUUAAUAUAUCUUCCAAUGUUGUCACAGGUGCUGUUAUGCAGGGAUACAAAGUAUCCGUGGGCGACUUGGAGCUCUUUCUAACGCAAGCACGUGCAGGCUACGACGACAUCGACGACGUCCUACUUGGCAACGACCUUUUUCUCCGUGGUGGCACUAAAUUUUCGAAUAAAAAGGCACUCAAGUUUGCAGAUACUUUCACUGAAGGAAGAUGUAAUAGUCUGGAUGCAGAAUACCCUUCAUUGCUUACGUAUUUGGAAAAUUUUGGAUUCUUGCAGAUCAUCACGAUGGAUUUUGUGGACAUUUUUCUACGCGCGAAGGUGCCUCUUCCUGUACAUAAUGUUGCACCUGGAUCACGGGGCCAGCUUAAAGGAAACGCUUCAGCCUCAUUAGUAUCACCAGAGCUGUCAGUGGAAUUGAAUUUAGGCACGGCCAAUGUUUACGCGUGCUUUGACUCUUUUAACACAUUAAUUGAGCUGCUUUUGGUAUGGAUGGAUCAGCUUGCAAUUAAACCGGAGCCACGUGAUACUACUGCAUACGUGGGCCUGGAGAAAGGAAGCGAUCCAUCUAGCGCUUCAGUUGUCACAAAUUUGAGCCCUGCAACUGCAAAUGGUUUGCGAUCGGUUAGCGCCACUUCUUCUGAAUUCUUAGGUGCACAAGGAGUAGCAGAUUGCUCCACUAGCAGCGUACGAAUUGAACAGCUUACCAUCGGUGAGAACGGUGUUGACGAACGCGGCUCUAUAAAUGUCUUGGAUCAGAUUGAUGAAGACGCUUUUGGUGGCGGGAAGAAGAUUUUUCCUGGGAAAACUGUUGCAACUGAUACUGAAGCCCGCUUGCUGCGCACACGGUUAGAUUUGAUUCAGAGGGAGAAGGAUCGUAUGGUAUAUGGUCUUGAACGCGAUGGCCAGCUAUCUGGUUCAGAAUUACGAUCAAACUAUCAACAAGCCGAGAGGCGAAAAUCCUUAAAACCUGUUCGUAUUAACGAGCUGGUUAUCGAAGAUUACUAUUCUGAGAUGCGAUCGUCUGAUGGCACCGUGGACGAGUCUGCAGGAGCAUUUUUGAUGGAACCCGAUCGAAAGAAUGAUUGCUCGCCCCAAGCAGCAGCUGGAGAGAAUCCUUGGUUUACUGCGGCUAGAGGAAGCUCGCCAAGCGGUUCAAAGCAAAUAGGUUUCUCUCCUGAGAGAGAAGAGUUAUUUUACAACGAACAAGCAGCGCGAUGGCUUGCACGUGAAUCAAAUACUGGUGUCGUUGACGAAGACGAAGGCACAUUCACAGGCGUAGCAUAUGAGGAAAAGAUCCCUUUGUUUGAGCCAGUAGAUGAGAGGUCUCGUGUCCAAUCGUUUGUACAAUCCAUGAACCCACAGGGAGGCUCUGGGCAAGCAAACGCAAGUUGCAACGACACGUACGAAUCUGAUGAUGAUAACGAUAAUGACGAUGUUAGCCAAAACCAUUUCCCAGUGGGCGCUUUUCCGGCCGCAUCGAAGAAUUGUUGGGGCAUGCAAAACGGGCUUGAUGAAGUGGAGCUUAGUGAUCUACAGACAGAGGAGACGGAAUCGUCAUUUUCGCACCAAAUGGAGCCCAUGGAGAACAAAAGCAUGGUUCGCCACUCUUCAAACGUAAUCGACGGUGCGGAAGUGAACGGCGUAAAUAGCAGCGACGUUUUCCCAAACGGCAUGUCCAUGUCGAUUAUUGAUGCCGGUGAGGACGAAGGCAAGGAGAUUGAACUUGAUUUUGCGCUUGACAGCGAUCUUCAUUCGCGGCUCAACAGACUACUUGACAUGGGACCGACCAGUGGCCAUGAAGUUCAUGACGUAGACGGCGAUGAUGGCGAAAGUGGUGCUGACCCGAAGGGGCUAGCGCAUCGGCAACAGGGCGAAGAGAAACAGCGGCGCAACCGCUUCUUGACGUCGUCUCCGCGUGCUGUGCCAACACGACAAGCAUUGUUCUCGUCAACUACUAACCAUACAGGUGCUCCUUCGUCGUUUGGGAUGCCGUCGGUCUCUUCACCGGAUGAGCCUACGGCACGCUGGUUCUACGAUGACGUGCGGUCUGAUGAUGGCGGUCCCGCCAUGACGGGUUUACCGUCGCGAAUUUAUCCGCAUCAUGUCGAAAUCCCGAUCGGUGGCUCAGCGACAUCCCUAUCGUUUGGUGAAAAAGAAUGCGAAGAUACCAUACGAUCCAUCACACGAGAAAAUGAGACACGGAGAGUGGUGGCGCCACCUCCAAUUGUUGUACAGCACGUGCUGCUGCGUAAUUUUAACAUUUGCAUGCGGUUCUUCGGUGGCUGCGACUGGACACGUGAUGCCAGCGAAGCUGUAAGACUCCACCCUCCAAAGGAUACGGAUGUGCUCAAUGAUGAUAGUACGGAGCAUCCGGGCAGUGCUACCGCAAAAAAAGAGAAGUUGUUGGAUGUGCUGUUCGACAAUUAUGUUCCUUCGGAUGGUGGUGACCUAUUUGGAAAAGAUCGCAGCUCACCUCUAUUUACUAGUGCCAAAAGCGCACCUACUGGAUCCUUUAUGAAGCGUAAUCCAGCUACAAGAACAAUGCGGGCUGCAUCGAUAGAUAUCAUGCCUGCACCGCGAAAGCGCUAUUUUAGGAAGAGUGGUCGCAAGACAGAGGAAAUGCUCGAGUUGGUGGCGACUCGGAUCCAAUUGCGUCUGGACAUGUUUAAUGAUGCCGAGGCCCAAUCACUGGCAUCUCACAUGGUGCUUGCAGUGGGUGAUAUAGAAUUGCUCGACUAUAUUUCAACAUCGCAGAUCCGCAAGAUCAUGUGCUACUGGAAAUCUGAGGCGACACAUCCGCGCGAAAGCGGCAGCUCAAUGGCACGGUUGCAGCUGACGACUGUGCGACCAGGUGCCAAGUUGUGCGACGAACAUCGUCUGAAGGCUCGCAUGCUGCCAUUGCGCAUUAACCUCGAUCAAGAGGUCGUGAAAUUUCUACGGCAGUUUGUGCCUAUUGAGAAUCCACCAGCGCCGAACAUGCGUCCUGCGAGGUAUGAGAUUGACGACAGGGAGGAUGUCGAGUCUACAUUGCACAAUGAUGGAGUGGAGAUGAAAUCUAUUGGUGAGAGUUUGCCUACAGCGGGGGAGGAUGUCCGUUUGGGUGUUUGGUUCUUUCAGAGCAUUGACAUCAAGCCGUGCAAAAUAAAAAUUGACUACCGGCCAAACCACGUUGACUACGCGGCGCUUCGUGCUGGUGACUACUUAGAAGUGAUCAAUCUAUUUGUUCUUGAGGGUAUGGAACUGGUGCUUCGACGCGUACAAAUGAGUGGACUUGAUGGAUGGGCAGCUCUAUGCGAGCAUGUUCUAGUGUCGUGGGUUCAGGACAUUUCACGGCAUCAGAUUCACAAGUGUGUUGCUAGUGUGUCAAUGCCUCCUCUCCGCCCCUUCGUAAAUAUCGGCGCAGGUGCGGCAGACUUGAUCUUGCUUCCAAUGGAGCAUUAUGGACGUGACCGACGGCUUGUGCGUGGCCUAAAAAAGGGUGCAUCGAGUUUUCUAAAGUCCGUAACGAUCGAGACACUGAAUACGGCUUCAAAAGUGGCACAAGGUACUCAAGCAUUACUAGAGCAUGCGGAUGAUGUUGUGUCGUCAUCAUCAGCAUUACGCCGUAAACGGCUUAAAUACCGCCAAGCUGGCAGUCGUAUUGCUCGUAAUUCUCGGCGACUGGGCGGUGGUGGUAUUCGCAAUGCACAGGACACAGGUGGAGGUAUUGGAGGCCGUCAGUACUUGACCCAACAACCAGCGACUGCUGUGGAGGGGUUUGUCCAGGCUUAUGAUUCAUUUGCACGUGAAUUGCACGUAGCUGCCAAGACAAUUGUCGCUGUACCUCUUGUGGAGUACAAGAAAACAGGUUCACAAGGUUACGUCCGGUCAGUGAUACGUGCUGUACCUGUUGCCGUAUUGCGUCCAAUGAUUGGUGCUUCUGAAGCAGUGGCUAAAGCACUGAUUGGUGUACGUAAUGGCGUUGAUCCGGAGCUAAAAGAAGACAUUGAAAAUAAGUUUAAGGACUUUCGAGCAAUUCUCUCUUCUUCUGAUUCCAUCGUGUCUAACAGUAACGAUUCUUCAUUGCUGGAAGAUUCGACAGUACUUGAAACACCAGAAGCUUCAGUCGAACCAAUUGAAACAACUUUAAGUGAUAAGAAGGAGACUUUUGCUUCUUCUUCUCCUCCAUCCGAGCGGACUCCUGCACCAGUGAUAGAAGAAACCAGGCAUGACAAGAAGACUGGGAGUGAUAUUGGACUUGCCAUUGGGGUUAGUCUUGGUGUCUUGGUCCUUGUCAUUGCCAUUUUAUUAUUCCUACGUUCACGACGAAAACGUCAUGAAAAGAAUCGUAAAUCUGUUCAUUCUCCUCCUGCAGGAGCGACGUGUUUAACCGUUCCUGCACAUCGAGGAUUUAAGAAAGAACACGAAUUGGGAAUGCCGGAAAUGUCCAUUGAACUCUCACCAGAUGAAUUGGGACUCUCCAAGGGAUUUGAUGUCAGCUACGCGUCAUCAGCGAGAACAAGCACAGCUAGCAAUCAACUUAAUACCAGCGUUGCUAGCAGUACGGACAGCAGCGUGUUUAAUACGAAAGGAGGCUUGAGUCCCACGUUUAGUAACCGGAAAAUGGCCAGCUAUUCGUAUCAUUAUCGGGAAUCAGAAGGAAAUGGCAAUGGUAAUUCUCAAUUUGCAUCCAGCACGACAUUUCAUCUUACGGGCAUGAUCGGGAAUGGCCACGCUAGUAGCCGAGGACUUUACAAUUCGUCACGUGUUCCUAGAAGCCGCAAAUUGUCUGCACCAGAUGAAUACGCUGAACUAAUUACGGCUACGAACGCACAUGGAAAGAUGAAUGUGGAAUCACUUAAUGAAUCACCUCAGACGGUGUAUGCAGACUUUACGCAGAGUAGUGUGAGUGAGAACGAGAUGGACAUAAGUAUGGGACCUGACGAAGACAAUCAUAGUUUCUUGGCUCCUCUCCCACCACCUCCAGCACCGGUUCGGCCUCGUCCAAUGCCAAUGGUGCCUCGUACAUCAGAAGAGAGCAUGGGACCGGACUCGCCCAUGGCUCGUCGUAGCAAACGGACGGGAUCAGUGUACGACACGAUCCCAAACUUGUCAGGAGAAAGGAUAUCGACUUUAGCGCGAACCUCAGACGAAAACUCGCAUACCAUGUCGACUGCUUCCUUCAUGUCCGAGUCGUCGAUCUCUUCGACGUCAACAAGAGACAGCGCCGCUACAUCAGCGUGUGGAUCGGCGUUCGUGUCGUCAGUGCCUAUAAUGCAAUUGUCAAAUGUUGAUGACAGCGAUUACGGCGAAGUUCCUUCAUCUGAACGUCCAUCGUCGGCGUCAGAGUCUUCAGGUAGCACGAAUAUGGCGCGUUCGGGUUCGCUUAUUGCAUUGAACCUGGAGGGCAAGGGCGCUAGUAGUGAAGUUGCCAUUUAA